CAAUGCAUGUCUCAAAACUAGGGACGGGACAGCUGUAUUUUCUUUUUUUACUAUAGGUAUUAGUUGUGCUUUUUUAUUAUUAGCCCCAUGAUAAUUAAGAUUUUUAUUAUUAGGCCCCUACUCUAUUCUUUUUCUUUCCCUUUUAUUAGACGAUGAAUUAUUGAGAAGUGGACAACUCUCAGUUCAUUUUCUUCUUUCAAAAAUAUCUACUCAAAACCGUUGAUUUGACCUGAUUUUCAUCAAUUUCUACUAAAUGUCGUGGUGAUUCAAUUGAUUAAACCAUCGUUUUGAUCUGGUCAAGGCUAAAGGUUAUAAUGUCACUCGACCAUCUCCGUCCGCCAGCUAAGAAAGGAAAAACAAUACAAUCAUUCUUCAAGGCGACAGUGGGUGACAAAUCAAGAUUUGCGUUUCCUUCUACUAACAAUGUUGACGUUACUACAUCACCACAUAAUCAACCUAGUACUUCUCAGCAACAAAAAAACAGGACAUAUGCUCAACCAACUAUUUCCAGCUUAUCCAAGGAAGUUGCAGUCCAAGAAAAUGUCGGUACAGAAUCCAGCGGCGUCUCUUAUGAGCGUGACCCAGGACUGCGACGUCAAAUUUGGGAAUAUCCAGUGAAUCAACAAGACGAGGUGCGCCGAGCUUAUCUGAAGUAUGAGAGGAGCAUGGAAUGGGUUGCAGGCAUUGUUUCUUAAAGAUUGUCCAUAUGCUUAUUAUGUCCAUUGCUUUGCUCCCAGGUUACAACUAGCAUUAGUAGAAGCAGCUACAGAUGAGCAAGAUGUCUAUCUGUUUUUUGAGAAGUCAAAGGUUAUAGUCAAGCUUGUCGGGGCUUCUCCUAAGCGUCACAGUCAGUUGAAAUCUGCAGCAGUAUUAGAGAUCGCCACAAAAUUAGCUGAUGGUGAACUUGAGACUGGUUCUGGAGCCAAUCAAAUUCAUACUUUGAAACGGCCAGCAGAUACUCGUUGGAGCUCACAUUUUGGUUCUGUGUUCAGUUUGCUUCGUAUGUAUAAUCCAGCUUGCAUAGUUCUUCAAAAUGUUAUGAAAGACGGAAAGACCAUUAAGAUAAGGGGGAUAACUAAGGGUCCUUAUCUUGCAAUCAGAUCUUUUGAGUUUGUUUUUAUCUUACACUUGGUAAAAAGUGUCAUGGAGAUAACCGAAGUGCUAUGUCAAGCUCUACAACAGAAAACACAGGAUAUUGUUAAUGCCAUGAAUCUUGUCAAGUCCACAAAAGUGCUUCUUCAAGAAUUGAGAGACACAAAUUGGGUUACUUUUUUUGGAAGUGUUAAACGUUUGUGUGAUGAACAUGACAUUGUCCUUCCAGAAUUUUCAGAUCGAUAUAUGAUGGAAACGAGUCGUUCUUGUCAGCAGAAAGACCAUAUCACUAUUGAGCAUCACUACCGUGUUGAUAUAUUUAACGCUGUCAUAGAUUUUCACUUAGCGGAGCUAAGAAAUCGAUUCACAGAGGAAUCAAUGGUGCUACUUAUGCUUUGUUCAGCUUUCAGUCCGGAUGAAAAUUAUAAAUCUUUUGACAUUGAUUCCCUUUGCAGUCUUGCAGAAAGGUUUUACCCUGAAGAUUUCACGGAACAAGAGGUAUGUGUUUUAAGAAGCCAACUACAGCAUUACAAAAUAGACGUUGUUGACAAUCCAGAUUUUGGAAACAUGACUACGGUGGCUGAUUUAUGUCAGCGGUUGGUUGAAACAGGUAAGUCAAAUGCCUACAAUUUGAUAGAUAGAUUAAUUCGCCUUGUCUUGACUCUUCCCGUUUCAACAGCUAGUGCAGAAAGGGUAUUUUCAUGUAUGAAUAUUGUGAAAACAGUACCUCGUAACAAGAUGGGUAAUGAGUUUCUUGGAGAUUGUAUGGUAGUCCACGCUGAAAGAGAAAUUGCGGAAAAAGUGAAAUGUGAUGAUAUCAUAGAUGACUUUGCUUCAUUGAAACCACGAAAGAUUUAGGUGGUUUAUGUUGCAGCCUUGCAAGUGUUUCUAUAAAGCUUAGGAAAUGAUUAUGAUUUGGUUGUUGGACAAGUUAUGUAUGGUAUGUUUGCAUCAAUAAAAAGGUACGAAUUCAGAAUUUCUUUUGUAGAAACUUAAGAAUUUUAGAUUAUCUCGUUGAAUAAUUUUUUUUUUUUACAUAGGUUUAGCCCCACCCAACUCUAAUUCUUGGGUCCGUCCCUGCUCAAAACCAUAAACCGAAUAAUCUACUUUUACGAAAGAGUAAAUUAAAAUGAAAAAAAAAAACAAAAAAGUAAUAAAAUUACCAAAAAUCAUGAAAAUCAACAUCUAAAUUAGAUAAAUCUUAAACUUUAAUGCUGCAUUAUUAAAUAUUUUUAAAGUUAUUUCUCUUUUUCAUCCUGAACGGAACCAGGGUAAAACGAAUAAUCACAUCAGUGGAAAGAGAAAACCCAACAAAACUGAAAUGUCAAGCCACGUCACCAACUCACCAGUGGAUUUGACGGAAUCAAGCAGGUGGUUUUGUGAGGAAUAUGAAGAACUUCAGAAGAUAUUUAAAUCUUCAUAACUUGAUGAUGGAUAUUUCAAUGUUGGGUGGUUCUUACACUUGGAAAAAUUCUCAAAGACAACCAAUUUUGAGAAGGUGGGAUAGAUUUGUGUUCACAUCUGAUUGGGAGGAGAAAUGUAUCUCUUUGGUGCAGUUCAGGCUAAGAAGACCAUCUCUGAUCAUGCUCCAAUUUUGUUUAAUUGCAAUGAAGAUCUCAAUUUCAGUGGUGAAGAAGAUGGAGGGGAUUAUGAGGCAUUUUUUUACGGGGUUCAACUAAUUUAAAGACUAAGAAGAGUUUGGUUGGUUGGAGUUCUCUGAGUUUGCCUAAAGAAGGUGGAGGUGCGGGAAUUAAAAACUUAAGAAAGAUGAAUCAAGCUUUGCAUGCCAAAUGGAUCUGGAGGUAUGGGACUGAAAAGAAAGCAUUAUGGAGAAGAAUUGUAAACCAAAAAUUUGGAGGUAACUUUGAAGGUUUUUAUGCCAGUGACAAUAUAUAAGAAAGUUGUAGGAAAAAGUUUGUGGAAUGGAAUUCUUAAGAGUACAAGUCAUGUGGAAGCCAGUACCAACUUUUAAACCAAUAGUGGAGAUAGAGUUUUGUUGUGGCAAGAUAAGUGGGUAAAUGGACAUUCUUUGAAGACUUUGUUUACUGCAUUAUACAAGAUUAGUAGGAUGAAGGAAGCUACUAUUCAAGAAUGCCUUAUAGAAGAUAGGGGGUGGAAUAUGGGUUUUUGUAGAGCUUUGAAUGAUGCUUAAGUAGAUGAGGUUGCUAAGUUGAUGCCAAUUUUAACAAUUAUUAACUCUGAGCUGGAGGAUCAAAGAAUUUGGCAAUAUGGUGACAACUUUACCGUAGCAGGGUGUUAUAAGUCUUUUGAGAAUGAGGGUUUAAUCUCAUUUCUACAUAAAUGUUUAUGGAAUCCUAAAAUACCACAAAAAGUUAUUUUCUUUGUUUGGACACUGUGUUAUAAUGCAGCGCCAACAAUAACACUUUGAGGAAUUCUUUUCAGGUGAAGGGGUGUGCUUCGCAAAAGGAGUGCAAAAUCUAAUCAACACAUCUUCCUACAUUAUGAGACUACAACUACUAUCUGGAAUUAUUUUCUUGAAGACUAUAAUUUGCAGCGAGUGUUUCAGGGAUAAGUGAGACAGGUUUUGAGGGAGUGGAACGGGAAGAAAGGUAAUAACCUUUCCAUCAGAAGGAAGAUUAGGGACUUAAUCCCAUUUACUAUCUGGUGGAAAAUUUGGUUGGAAAGAAAUGAUAGACAUUUCAGUGGAAAGUAUAAUGAAAAAUAUGAAUUAAUAA